GUCUGUCCUGCGCGUUGCUUUUGCUGCAGACUCAAGAGUGUCUUCUGCCUGCUAUUUUAAGAUAAAUAGUCAUGUCUCUGGAGGUGGAAUCCGCAGACGUGAUCCGUCUGAUUAUGCAGUACUUAAAAGAAAACAAUCUGCACCGGACUCUAGCCACCCUGCAGGAGGAGACCACAGUGUCUCUGAAUACUGUGGACAGUAUAGAGAGCUUUGUGGCUGACAUAAACAGUGGCCACUGGGAUACUGUCCUGCAAGCCAUCCAGUCCCUCAAGCUGCCAGAUAAGACCCUGAUAGACCUCUAUGAACAGGUUGUGUUGGAGUUGAUUGAGCUGAGAGAGCUGGGUGCAGCUCGUUCACUUCUCAGACAGACCGACCCCAUGAUCAUGCUUAAACAAACUCAACCCGAGAGAUACAUCCACCUGGAGAACCUGCUGGCUCGCUCCUACUUUGAUCCCAGAGAGGCGUACCCAGACGGCAGCAGUAAGGAGAAGCGGCGAGUGGCCAUCGCCCAGGCCCUGGCAGGGGAGGUCAGUGUGGUGCCACCCUCUCGUCUCAUGGCUCUGCUGGGACAGUCACUGAAGUGGCAGCAGCAUCAGGGACUCCUGCCUCCUGGUAUGACCAUUGACUUAUUCAGGGGUAAAGCUGCCGUCAAAGAUGUGGAGGAGGAGCGCUUCCCCACCCAGCUCAGCAGACACAUCAAGUUUGGACAGAAAUCUCACGUGGAGUGUUCCCGAUUCUCCCCUGAUGGUCAGUACCUGGUCACCGGCUCCGUGGACGGCUUCAUUGAGGUCUGGAACUUCACCACCGGCAAAAUCAGAAAGGAUCUGAAGUACCAGGCUCAGGAUAACUUCAUGAUGAUGGACGAUGCAGUGUUGUGUAUGUGCUUCAGUCGGGACACAGAGAUGUUGGCCACUGGAGCACAAGACGGAAAGAUCAAGGUGUGGAAGAUCCAGAGUGGUCAGUGUCUGAGGAGAUUUGAACGUGCUCACAGUAAAGGAGUAACAUGUGUCAGCUUCUGUAAAGACAGCAGCCAGCUCCUCAGCGCCUCCUUCGACCAGACAAUUAGAAUCCACGGACUGAAGUCAGGUAAAACUCUGAAGGAGUUCCGCGGUCACUCCUCAUUCGUCAACGAGGCCACUUUCACUCCAGAUGGACACCACAUCAUCAGCGCUUCCUCCGACGGUACAGUGAAGGUGUGGAACAUGAAGACCACCGAGUGCACAAACACCUUCAAACCUCUGGGCACGUCGGCAGGCACAGACAUCACUGUCAACAACGUCGCCCUGCUGCCCAAGAACCCAGAGCACUUUGUAGUGUGUAACCGCUCCAACACGGUGGUCAUCAUGAACAUGCAGGGACAGAUUGUGAGGAGUUUCAGCUCUGGUAAGAGGGAAGGUGGUGACUUUGUGUGCUGCACACUGUCGCCACGCGGCGAGUGGAUCUACUGCGUGGGUGAAGACUUUGUGCUCUACUGCUUCAGUACAGUCACAGGCAAACUGGAGAGAACGCUGACGGUCCACGAGAAGGACGUGAUCGGCAUCGCCCACCACCCCCACCAGAACCUCAUCGGCACCUACAGUGAGGACGGCCUGCUGAAGCUCUGGAAGCCUUGAGUUUUAGCCCAAACUGAGACUGAACGUUCUCACUCAGCAGCUGCUCUCCUCACUCUGGACACUGCUCUGCCCUUUGUGUUUUGUUUGUGUCAUUUUGCAGACUCAAAGGUUUGGAUGUACAUGUUGACGAUCUCUGUUGCAGUGUCAGUUUUACACAUUAAGCUGCAUGUUUCCAUUUGAAAUUGGUAGUGUGUGUAAUUAAUAAAAAAGCAGACUGUACAGGUGUUUUAGGAUGUUUUUUGUAUUAUUGAAAACAUGCAGCUGAAUGUUGACACUUUAUGGUGUUAAGAGUUUUCACAGCAGAGCCUUAUUUACCUCAACCCAUGAGAGUAAAAGUUCAUUUUUAGAUUAAUGGUCACUUCUUAAAAUAUAAUACGAAAGUUUUUUUUGUUUGUUUUUUUUUAUCGGAAAAGUGUCGUUCAAUUUCUAAAAUAUUUCAUUUUCAGUCCUUCAGUGCUUAACUUUUACACAGCUUAUGAAUUUGUAAGAGUGGGUAUCAUGUUAUUCAAGUAGGGGAUGUGAAGCAGAAACACUUGAUCAUUGCAAAUACUAUUUAACUACUCAAGAAAGGUGCCUAUAUAUUUGUCCAAAUAGUGAAAAAAAGGUCAAUUGCAGUGAUUAUUACACAUUUUCAGUUGCUUUUCAGAUAGAUAUGGUUCUGCUGUUCAACAACCCACUGACAUUUUUCAGAGCCCUCCUACAUCAGACAGGGCAGUUGUCAGAUGUUUGGGGUGAGGAGUGUAGAUACUAGACUUAUUUCUUGUUUUUGAAAAUUCCAUUUUUUGUAAAUAUAUUUUUUAAUAGCAUUUUUUUUUUUUUUUUUUCAAAAAGACCUGGUUAAAUAGUGUGUAGUUGUGUGUUGGUGUGUCUUUGUUUAAGUGAAGGUUCUCACUGCAAAAAAUAUAUUGUUUCCCUGAGUUAUUCCGUUCAAACAUGGAUGAUCUUAUUGUCAUAAACAUCUGUUUUUCCAGCAGAGAUCUCAAUGUGAAUUCCAGAAUACAAAAUAAUGCAUUUCAGUUUUAUAAGUCGUCCUGUUGUCCAUGUGGAAUACAUGUCAGAGACUUUAUUUAUAAAUCUUUUUUUUUUUUUCAUCCCCAAGACAUCUUUUGUUUUCUUGUUCCUGAAGCUAAUUUUGGAAACUUCUCAAAUCUUAAGUGCAUGAAUUACCAAUAAUUCGUACAAAUCAAAGGAUCUAUAAACUUUUUGGAUCAACAAAUAUCCCAUGUAACACCUUUUGUCUGUGCCAUUAAAGCUGUUUGACCAGAUAAGCAUCUUAAAGUCUUGUUGGUGGAGAAGCAGAAUAUUGGUAAAAAUUUAAAUUAAUCUGAUCAUGUAAGAAAUUCUGAACUUUUUAAUGUUUAAAGAAAUAAGGACACCAGAUGUCACUGUGCAACCAUCACUGAAUGUCUUUGUAAGAGUUUCAAGAAGAUCUAUGUAUCUGUCCAGAUCUUCCAGCCUUGCAUGCUGCCUUUGUGUAACAGAGAGGUUUGCAAACUCUGCUCCUCGAUGAAGAGGAGGUUUGACUGAGUUUGAUCCCUGGGUAAACCCUGUUCAGGGUCUGUUGGUGCAGUAACUGUGCAGAGAGGAGAGUCAAGUCAGCCAGAGAGAGAAAUCCCAGGGCUUUCAUUACUCCUUCAAAAUAAAAGCAUGCAUUUGUCACUUUCACCUGGGAUGUUUUCGAGUUUGAAAGUAUUAGUUACUCAAUUUAUAUCUCUGCAUUGGUUGUCACCAAGAUUUUCAAACCCAGUCUUUUUAAGUAGACAGGACAUCUAAUUAGAGGCAAAGAUAGGCUAUUUUAAGGUUAAUAUUUUCAAUUUUAAACAUGAAUCUGCCUGGAUGGUUAACCUCAGGUAUUUCCCUGAGGGCUGGUCUUUGUGACUAACAUUGCGAGCGCUAAGUUUUGAAAUUGAAAGUUGUCACUAAGGUUCUUUGAUGGCUGGCCUUACAUAUGGAUUUUUAUAUUGUUCUUUGUGGGUGAAAACCAAUUUUUUACUUUUUACUUGAUUUGCAACCGUUUAUUUUCAUCAUUGAAUAAUCUGAUUAUUAUCUUGAGCAUUUGUUUUGUCUGUAAAAUAUCAGAAAGUAGUAAUAAAUGCCCAUUAUAAUUC